AUGUCUAAUCGCAGGAAAUGUCGACCAUUAAAAAACAAAAUCAGUUUUGUCGUGAAAUAUAUGUUGUGUUUCAUCACGCUUUUACUGAUUUACACUUUAUUGAAGAACCACCUAUACGACGAUUCGAACGGACAACUGUCUAAAGUUUCUGUUAAUGAUGGAUACUGCUGGAGUUCACAAGAUGAAAUUUGUAGAGGUACAGUAGCUUUGCUCCCUUUACUCAACCGUUUAACGUCGAAGUCUUACUUUCGUUACUUCAAAGUAAACACUGAGAAGCAGUGUCCCUAUUGGGUGGUAAAUUUCCUUUGUACUAGCAAGGAAAAUGCAUGCAGCGUUUGUCGAUGCGACGAAAACAAUAUUCCGAAAGAACUUCGUGAGGAAGUGGACAUGAGUGAAUACUCUAUCCCUGAUGCGCAUAUUUCACAGACUGUUCCACACCCCCAUAAUGUUGAGAGUUGGGGUGCCUGGAAGAUUAAGGAUGAAGGCGCCGAGUAUGUCGAUCUUUUGCAAAAUCCAGAGGCCAACACUGGCUUUAUUGGCCCGAUGGCAACUAAGGUUUGGCAGGCAAUAUAUAAUGAAAACUGUUUCCCAUCAGAUGAGUCGAAUUGCAUUGAAAGCCGUGUCUUCCGAUCUCUUCUCAGUGGUUUUCAAACGUCGGUUGCUAUACACGUGUGCACAAACUUUUACAAAGACUCAAAAUUUGAAUCACCUCUAUAUCGAACUGGACUUUACAACAAUCCUAAUAUUUCAUUUUUCCCAAAUUGUAAGAUGUUCAAAGAAAAGAUACAACCGAACAAAGAUUUCAUUUCGAAUUUUUACACGCUCUUUCAAUUCACGCUCCGAGCCUUGACAAAGGCGAAGCAUGCAUUUAUUGAUGAUAUGGAAAAAUAUUACUACAGCGCGAGUAGUGCUCUAACUCUAGAACACGAAGAGCUGCAGUCAGAUUUGCUAGCACUUUUUGUUUCCAACCUCUUGUGUACAAAAACGUUUGAUGAGGUUUCCUUCAUGAAUUCACCUAAAGGAAGGGAACUAGUUCCUCAAAUGAAGCGCAUGCUAGCCAAUGUAAGUACCAUAAUGGAUUGUGUUCCCUGUGAAAAAUGUCGUGUAUGGGGUAAAUUGGCAAUUAAAGGUCUUGCUAUUGCUACAGAAAUAAAUAUGAAUAAUGAUGUUUAUCGAUUAACUCUUGAUCGUUCAGAAAAGUUUACUUUGAUUAACCUUGCUAGGCAAUUAUCAUUUUCAGUGAAGAGCCUAGAGAUACUUGAUGAAGUUUGUAGUGUUUGAUAAAAAUGGAAUUUCUUAUAAAAAUGUACUACUGAUAUUUAUGAUUUUCUAAUGUGCUUCUCUUAAAAUAUUUUAGAAUUUUUAAAAGUUAUUGUUCUUUACAUGCUAUACAAGAGGUUUAUGAGUUUUAUCUAA